UAAAUGUUGAGGAAGUAGACAAUCUCUAUCCUCUAGUGAGAACUUGGAAAAAGGAAACUUUUGGUCAUUACUAAAGGGAUCCUCCUCCCUUGAGCUCUUUUGAUCAAUAAAGGAGUUCUGAUGGAGAUUUCAUCCAUAAGAGGGUUAUCUGAACUGAUGAAACUAUCAAAAUUGCAGAGUGUGGAGGAUCCUAGGCUCAUCAAUCAAUGGCAAAUGAACUCUCUUGAUGAGCUCGGCACACUGCCAAUAGCAGCCACAUUUGGAGAGAAUUUACAACGCUCUUUCGCACACCCAAACUUCAACUAUAAAAAUGCCAUGGAAACUUCACAUAGUGAAAUUGAUAGACCCAUGAAACAGCACAAAGCCAACAGCUGGAGUUCACCAUCCAAACUUGAUCAUGCUUCAACUCUGCAAGUUGCUUCUUCUCCAAACUUUCUAUCCUUUGCCAAUGCAAACUACAUGAAUCAAAUGAAUAUUUUAAGGCCUAAAGAGGAGGGAGCAUGUCCCCAAAGCAUGGAUACCAUUCCUACUGAAAUUUUGACUGCUCAAGGUUCCUUUGGGAACCAAAAUUAUGUCUAUAAGGCCUGCCAGGGAGCUAAGAGGUUAAGCACAAGCACUAGACUUUCUCAAACACAAGAUCACAUUAUAGCAGAAAGGAAGAGGCGAGAGAAGCUCAGCCAGCGGUUCAUAGCUUUGUCUGCUAUAGUUCCUGGCCUUAAGAAGAUGGACAAGGCUUCUGUUCUUGGAGAUGCUAUUAAGUACUUGAAACAACUGCAAGAGAGAGUGAAGACACUCGAGGAACAGACUAAAAAGAAAAACAUGGAAUCAGUGGUCUUCGUAAAGAAAUCCCAACUCUUCACUGAUGGUGACAACUCUACUUCAGAUAAAAACUCCUCCAGUGACCCCCUUGAUGAGCCACUGCCAGAAAUUGAAGCAAGAUUCUGUGACAAAAAUGUCCUUAUAAGAAUUCACUGUGAGAAAAGGAAAGGACUGCUAGAGAAAUCAGUCACUGAAAUUGAAAAGCUCCACCUAACGGUCAUCAAUAGCAGUGUCAUGACAUUUGGGAGUUCUGCUCUUGAUAUCACUAUUAUCGCUCAGAUGGAUGAAGAAUUUUGCAUGACAGUGAAGGAUCUUGUGAGGAAUCUACGCUCAGCUUUCAAAUUGUUCAUGUGAAAAGAAGUCGCAAUUUCAGCUCUCUCUAUAUAUAGAAGAAUAUCUUUCCAAGUUCUAUGCUGCUGCUGGAAGCUUCAGAAUACUAGGAAUAAACCUUCAAUAUACAAUCAGUCCAAGUCUAUCUUUUUUCGAAAGUUACUGCUUACAAGGCCUGUUAUGCUCUACCAUCUUAGAUCAUCAUAUUAAGCUUGUUUGCUGUGAGGUCCAUUUUACAGGUGGGUUUUUUUAGUCCAAUUUUUGCAUGGUUAACUUCUUGACCAUGUUUGAUUCCCAACCUGUUUCAAAAUAGUGAUCUGACAGCUUGCUUGAGCUUUUUUUGAGUGAUGGAUGUUGAAGCAUUCAACUGAACCAGUGUGAUGUCCCUUUCUUUCCUGAAGUAUUUGAAGAGGGAAUAUGCUUUUUUAGGUGUGUAGACAACAGACCUUGUUUUAGUAGUUUCUUUGUCCUGUUUUAGAGGCAUCUUGAAAAUUCUGGUGCCUCUUUCCCAAUGUAUUACUAUUAAACUUUGCAACAGUUUGCUUGACAAUAAUUGUAACUUUUCCAUAUUCUACAUGUAUUUUUGAAAUAUGCACUCA